UCCAGACACAACUGCUUUUAAUACUCAAUAUUACGUUUCAAUACGUUCGAGCAAAAGAAGUGGAAUAAAUAAUCUCUCCAAUCAAGCAAAGCUGCUAUUUUUGCCGCUGUUUUUAGUUAUUUGUGCGAGCAACAAAACAUGGUUAUACCAAAAACAGAAAGUCAGCUGACCGCUGAAUAUUUGAAUUCUGUUCUAGUUGACUUCAAAACAAUAACCUCGGUAGACGUAAAACAUCCAAGAACUUAUGGCAUGACGUCUAAUGUAAGAAAGUUAUUUUUAACCUACGAUCAAUGUGAAAAAGAGGGUCUAUCCCCAUCAACUAUCAUUGCAAAAUAUGGCAAACCUGCAAAUGAGAUUCUUUUAAACCAAUCACCUGACGCAGAUUUUAUGCAGCAUGGUGAGAUAUGCAAAAGGGAAACUUUGUUGAAUCAAUACUUAAAUGGACGGGAUGUGUUGCCGGUUAUUUAUUAUGCGAAGUGUAAUGACGAUCAGGAUUAUUUGAUCUUAAUGGAAGACUGCUCUCAUGAGGAAGAUGUGAAAGUGAAAGAAAAUGUCAUAAUGAAUACUAUGUCAAUAAAAGAGGCUCGUCUUAUCGUUGCAAAGUUGGCAAAGUUCCAUGCUGAAUUCUAUCACAAGAACAGCCUGGAAAAAUUUAAUGGCAUUCUAGCAGGUAACAACGACUUGUUUAUGAAAGCAAAAGGACUUGAUUGGCUGCCUGAUUGUUUUUCAACCAUCUAUUGCUUCGCUUUUCGAGAUGAGUUUUCCAAAGUGGAAGAUCGAAACGAAUUUACAUCAUAUAACGAUAAAUCACUUCGCAGAUUGGCAAAAUCAGUUGGUUCAUUGUGGAAUACAGGAUUUGAUAUCAUUGAAAGUAAAUUUAAAGAAAUAUCCGACAUGUAUCCAGACCACGAUAUUCCUGACAUGGCUAAAUACAUAAAAAAAAGUCCAAAAACCGUUGAAGAGUUUUACCAUGAUUCGAUGAAAUUAUUUAUAGAAGAUGCAGCUUUGACACUUGUCCAUGGAGAUUUUCGCUCUGAUAAUAUCCUCGUACAUGAAGAUGUAAAGUUUCUCGAUUGGCAAUUUGGAAGUCUUGGUUGUGGUUGUUUUGAUCUUUCCUCAUUUAUUGUUAAUUCCUUCGACCUGAAAGAAGUCGUGAGUCAUGAAGAGGAAUUACUAGAAUUAUAUGUCAGUGCCUUGCAGCAGAACGGAUGUGAUUGGUUGGUCCUUGAUGACGUCAAAAAGUGGUACCAGUACUCAAUGUGGCAUUCAUUUAAAAGAGCCCUUGAUAUGGUUAACCAGUUACAAAAAUUGUACUCUAAGGCUAUCCGUAUCUUUAACGCACAACACCUGGAUAAAAUAAUGCUACAAAAAUUUUCUGUCUGCAUAUAUCGGGUUUAUAAAAAUUUUUACGCCUGAUAUUAUGACAUUAUUACCAGCAAUCUUCAGUUAAUUAUUUUUCACGAUUUUCGCGAAUUUUAAGCAUAUUUGCAAAGAUUAGUUCGCGCGAAAAUAAAUACUCGCAAAAUUAGUAGAAAUACCUUAUUCGCUGAAAAUUACUUUCGCAAACUUUUUUAUAAAAAAUAUUAUUUUGUUUUUUCUCGGUAAAUUUCUAUUUUAUGACUGAUAAAAAUAAAUUCGCCUUGAGAAACAGGCUUAAAAAGUUAAAAUUGUUAGUAGAUUCUUAAAAUAAUUCUUCGCCAAAAUCUUUGCAAUCCCGCGAUAUUAUAACCAAUGCAGCGCCAAGAAAACAUAAAUAAGGUUGCACAAUAAAAAUUGUAAAAAAAAAUAUUUAACUUUUUUUUUAUUGCAAUGUAGUUGAAAGUUUUUAGACAAGAAAUACAAAUACCAAGGAGAAACUCAUCUAAUUUAUAUAGCAAAGAGUAGAAUAUAGAGAAAUUUCAACUUAAAUAUAUUGAAUUUUGUUUCAGUUACUAUUUCAAGAAGUGGUACUAAGUGUGGAAGAAAUGUGAGCAUAAUUCUCUAAAAUAAAAAGCGCCUGGUGAUAAAAUGUCAAAAAUAUAGUUUGCAAUAUUAGAAAGAUUAUUAAUUAGCAAGUUACGGUAACAAUGAAGACCCUAAUUGGAAAUGUCUCUUUGCAUCAAUGUAAUACAAGAGAUGUUGCACAACAAAUUGCUGUGGGGGGUAAAAAUUAUUUUCCUUUUAUUCGAAUAACCUUGGUUUGAGUAAUGAUGUGUUACCUUCUUUCAGAUUGAAUUUGUUCGUUCUGUUGCAUACCAACUACCUUGCGGUAGAGCGUUUGCUUUCAGUACGGGAGGUCUUGGGUUCAACCUCCGGCCGACUCAUGCCAGAGACUAUAAAAGUAUGAAUCUAUCUGUUCUGCUUAGCGUUCAGCAUGAGAAUAGGAUUGAUAUCUUAGGGAGUUGUGUGGUGGAACGAUUUCUCUGCUCGCACAACUUUCGUAGCUUAACUGGGAGAUUUAAAUGCACUAGAACCUCUUUGCAGGACCUUCGUUGAUAACAGUACCAAUAGGAACUUUAGAGACUAUCCUGGGUAAAAAAAUUUAAUAAUACUUGAAAAAUGUUCUCUUUAAUUUAUCCCUGGAUAGCUAGCUUCCACAUUCUAUCACUUAUAACGUCAUAGCUAUCUACAGUUUGCAUUAUAAAUACGUUGAUAACAGCGAUAAUAUCCUUGAAGCUGCUACUUUUUUUCCAUAAUAAAUGCUUGUUACUUCCUCCUGUUUAUUUUGUAAAUAUAUAACUGUCACUUAACUGCUAUAGCUAACUAUGGUAGAGUAACGACGGGUUAUUCAGUUUGUUUACUUCAAGAGAAGCAUAAAAUUUUUCUAGACAGCUAGCUAAAAAACUUUAUAGAUGUAAGUUCAAAUGGUUACCAUUUACUUAGAACUGGUGUAAGGAGAGUCUAUAACUAGUGAUUUUAAUUAAACCAAACUUUCGGGGAUUUUUUAAGUGUGUGGGGGGGAGGGGUGGGGUUUGGGGUUAUUGGUUUUCGCUCGUUUUGCUUAAGAAC